AUGGCACAAGCUUGUGACAGCACUGUCUCAUCGCGGCAUAUAAACCGGAAAGCUUAUCGACAGAUGGAGGUCAUGGUUGCGCUUUUCAUCUGGCUCGGACUCUUCCAUUUCAACACCAUAGCUGCAGCUAUUGCCAUCUAUCACCUCCCUAGCAAAACGUCGGUGGCAGUCCUUGUCGUAUUGGUGACGCUGGUGAUUAUUCCUGUGUCCGAGUCUGAAUUCGGGAUAAAGGUUGCAUCCUUUAUCGCCAGAACUGCCUCGACAUACUUUCCGAUUAAUAUGAUAUACGAGGACCGCCAAGCACUGGACCCUAGCAAGGCGUAUAUUGUUGCUUUGGAACCCCACCACGUAUUUCCAAUCUCCGCAGUUGCCCUGUCUCCCUUGUCUGGGCUGUUCCCGUUGCAAAAGAUUCGGAUCCUUGGGAGCAGCGCCUUGACCUACGUUCCUUUCGUUCGCCAUAUCUGGCGGUGGCUUAGUAUGGCACCAGCCACGCGGAAGCAGUUUUCGAAUCUACUGGCUUCGGGAACGUCUUGCGUCAUUGUCCCGGGUGGCUUGCAAGAAUCGUUGUUGCUUGAACCGUCUCGAGAGGUACUGUUUCUGAAGCGACGAUUGGGCUUUGUGCGGCUGGCAGUGGAGACUAAUGCUCCUAUCAUCCCCAUCUUCUCCUUCGGUCAGAAGGACGUGUACAGCUACUGGUUCCCUCGCAGCUCCUUCCACACUGCUCUGUCUCGUAAGUUGAUGUUUGCUCCAAUGCUGUUCUGGGGUAGGUGGGGAACGCCUAUCCCACAUCAAAAGCCUAUGACCCUUGUGGUUGGGAAACCGAUUCCUGUACCCGAAGCUGAGACCGUUGACGCUGCAGUAGAGAAGAUGCACGCGGAGUUUAUAGCUGCCGUAGAGAGCCUUUAUGAGCAGCAUAAAUGCGGAGUAGGAGCCUCUCAUGUUCCGUUGGUAGUGACAUAG